GCUCAUUCAAAUUCAAACCUGCUCAGUCAGCUCUACAGUUUCUGGCGCAUUGUUUGAAACUCCAACUGCGAAAUAGCAUGAAGAAUGUUUAGACGGCCAAAAGCGCUGUAGUUAGUGGUUUGCUUUGACGUCGGCUUGUACACUGAAAGCUUAUUUUUUAAUUCCUUGGGAUCUAACGGUUUUUAGACUGACGAGAGCACAAAAAUACUGGUAAACAAACGUCCGUCCAACCUUUAGCAAAGGAGGUAAAUGGCGUUUUCUUUGUCCACGACGUGUGCGUCCCCUUUUGACGAAGGAGAGGAGAUUGCUGUAUUUGAGUCCACUGCAGCAGACUAUGGAGGAUUGGGCAUGCCACGUCUGCCUGAACUCUCGCUAAUUUCACCGGGCCUGGACCCUCAGCAAUCCACUAUGGGGCUGAAAGUGGCUGUGAAACCUGCAAUGAUGGGGCCAGGCUGUGGCGAUAAAGAGACCGAGAGGGUGAAGGUCUUCCUGCGCAUACGACCCCUCACAGAGGAAGAGAGAGAGAGGGGCGAAGAGCAGGACUGUGUGGACAUACAAGAUGAAGAGACACUGCUUCUUAAAGCUCCCAGGUGCUCACAAAACAUGAAGAUGGCAGAGAGGGGCAUCUCUCAGAGCAUGCACAAGUUCACUUUCUCCAAGAUUUGUGGACCAGAGACGACACAGCAACACUUUUAUGAGUGCACCAUGAAGGAGAUGGUCGCCAAUGUUCUUCAAGGCAAGAACAGACUCCUUUACACUUAUGGAGUCACCAAUUCUGGAAAGACUUACACUAUUCAAGGGACUCGUCGUGAUGCAGGCCUCCUACCCAGAGCUUUAGUGUCUCUGUUCAAAAGACUUCAGGGUCAUCUCUAUCACGCCAUGGACCUGAAGCCUGUCUUGUACCAGGAUGUGAGACACCUGGAGCCCUGUGAGGUCAAAGUGGAGGAAAUGCGCAGAAAUUCUCUGCUCAAAGAGGAUGAGAACAUGAGUUCUCGUCGAGCUGGCAACACGACAAUAUGGGACAGCGGGAUUGGAGGACUUUCUGCUGCCAGUCACAUUGCUGUCCAGCUGGAUGACUGUGACAGUGUGUGUCUGGAGCCCGACAGCAUGUCACACAGCGGUGGAGAUGAACUGGGGGAAGGGCUGCAGUUCUCAAUCUGGGUGUCCUUUUAUGAGAUCUACAACGAGUUUCUGUAUGACCUACUGGACGCCGCAGCCUCUCUGCAGCCGAGAAAGAGGAUCACACUGCGGCUGAGCGACGACAAGCACGGCAAUCCCUAUGUGAAAGACCUAACAUGGGUCCAGGUCCGCAGUGCAGAAGAAGCUUGGAAGAUUCUGAGAGCCGGACGUCGUAAUCAAAGUUUUGCCAGCACCCACCUCAACCAAAAUUCGAGUCGUAGUCACAGCAUUUUCUCCAUCCGUGUCAUCCAUGUCCAUCCAAAUGCAGAAUCUGGUCAGAACAUGCACAUUAGCGAACUGACUAUCUGCGAUCUAGCUGGGUCGGAACGUUGCAAAGAGCAGCGCUGCGGUGAACGAAUGAAGGAAGCCAACAACAUAAACACCUCCCUUCUUACCCUGGGCCGCUGCAUUGCUGCUCUGAGACAUAACCAGACUAACAAGUCACGGCCCCCUCAAGUGGUGCCCUUCAGGGACAGCAAGCUGACGCGAGUGCUUCAAGGUUUCUUCUGUGGCCGAGGAACUUCCAGCAUGGUGGUCAACAUCAACACAUGUGCCUCCAUCUAUGAUGAGACUCUGCAAGCCCUCAAGUUUUCAGCUAUUGCUUCCCAACUGGUCCAUGCACCCUCCACAAAGAACAGAGUGGCCUAUAUCCUGUCUCUGCUGCGUGAGCCAGCCAACAGGAAUGACAGCACAGUGUUGGAAGAGGAUGCAGAUGACAGCGAUGUUGAAGAUGGAGAUAUCACCUUGUUGAAUACAGAGUCUUUGCUGCAGGCCAUCGACGUCCUCAAGCGGGAGGUGCAGCGGCAGCAGGAAGAAAAAGAACUUCUCGAGGCUAACGUGAGGGAGCAGGUGGUCUCUGAGAUGAUGGAGGUCAUCUCCAGAAUGCAAGACGAUUUCAGUGAAACCUUGGCGGCAGAGAGAGCUCUAAUUGAAGAGCGCUGCGAGGACAAGAUAACAAACCUGCAGAAACAUUUGAAGAAAUUCUUCAGCCAAGAGUUAAAGGAACGGGAUCAAGAGAUUGAGGAACUGGCCGCUGCCCUAGAAAAGAUGGCUCAUGAGACGGGCCCAAGCUCUGCCCCCCAAGAACCUGAGGGGCUUCGACGGUCUCACCGCCUCAGCACCCGGACAGAAAAUGCCCAACUGCGUGAAGAGCUCGAACUGUGUCGUGCUCAAUUGCUUAGCAAGACACAGGAGGUGUUGCAGCUGAAGAUCCAGCUGGAGGCACCGGGCUCAGCGGGCACCAACGCUGCCAACCGAAAGCUGGAGGAGGGACAAAGGAAUCUGUGUCAGCUGCGCUUGGAUUUACAGAAGCUCGGCUCAGACCUGCAGUCUGGCGAGCGGGCCUGCUGCCGUAAUACAGGAGGCGAGAGGCUGCGUCAGGCUUUGGCCGCGGCAGACGAAAUGCUAAUUAAGCAGGACCAGAUUCUGGUGGAAUUGCAGAACGGCCUGGUGCUCGUCAAGGCUGACCUGAGGCGCAAGGCCGAGACCCCAGUUCAGGCGCAGGCCACCCAGCCUCCCCUGUUACCCCGCUUGGGCUUUGCCACACCGAUUUCUUGCAAGAAGCGGGGAUGUGGUGCUGUCGUAACUGGUGACUCUGAGAACAAGCCUCCUCAGAAGAGACCCUUUUACCACUCGUUGUUCCCCACUGGCACGCCGACGCGUAAAUACAACACGCGAAAUGCUGCAGACACUAACCUAACCCCUUACUCUCGGAUCCUUAGGUCACGCCAGCAGUCUCCGCCUCGGAGCCCUGUCUCCACCCCUCGCCACAUACGUGGGAAGUACUAAGCUUAUUCACACUUCAUGGGGAGCAGAUCUUGCAUGUAUGUUGACUAUUUUGUCCCCCCCACACCCGUUUUGGUUUUUGCCAACUACAGUUCUGAUGUCACCAAAGUAGAAAAUAUUGAAAGAGGUUGUGGAUUUACUAAGGGAAGUGGUGCUUCUAAUUAUUUGGCUUUAGGUUUUGCAUUACAGAUGCUGGAUAACGGCAUAUAUUACAUUCUUUGUAACAAGGUUCAUUCUGCCUUAGAAUACUUUUCAAUGUUCUAUGAAUAUGACAGAAAAUAAGUAUUGUUUACCUCAUGUUUCUGAUUUAUACAAAAACCUUGUCAUUCUUUAUUAAAAUAUAUUAGUGUUU